GUCUAACUAUGUACAAGAAAUAAACAGUACAUUUUACUAGUUUCAGUCUUUUACAUAAUAAACAGAAAUAAAUUUGUAAUUUUAUCAGCUGCUUAGUGUUUCAGUCCUGCUGUAGUGGAAUUUAGUAAUCGCAAAUUGGUAUUAAAAAUGCGUAUGGCAAUAAAAAAAAUAUAAAUUGAUAAAGGAACUUGAAGAAAUGGAAAGGUUGACUAAUCAAUACAGAAUGAGGAAUGAAUGCAUGAUGAACUUUGCAGCUGUUUCAUUUUUACGCACUGUUGAGGAAGAAUGAUUAUAGUAGCGUUGCCCAAUACAGGUAUGACAGCUGCCGAAUUUCUUUGGAUGACUUGUUUUGAACCCUGCUCCCCGGUUCAGAAGCCACUUAGUACAUACCUUUAAUAAUCGUAAACAUAGGGCUGAAGAUAGUUUUCAGCUUCUUCGAAAUGUCUGUUGGUAAAACAAGAAAACUUUUGGAUGUAGCUCGCUUUAGCAGGAGUCCGCUAUGUCACUUUCAACACAGAUCAGUUUAUACGCAUUCGCAGCUCCCAGAAACACACAAAAUGCUUUAUAAAUCUGUCCGCGACUUCGCUGAAGCCGAGCUGAAACCACUGGCUUCAAAGUUCGAUCGUGAGCACUUGUACCCGGGUGAUCAGAUAAAGAAGAUGGGAGAAUUAGGCCUUAUGGCUGUAGAGGUUCCAGAGGAUUUAGGAGGAACUGGUUUAGACUAUCUUGCGUAUGCCAUUGCCACAGAAGAAAUAUCAAGGGGUUGUGCUUCUGCAGGAGUAAUAAUGAGUGUCAACAAUUCUCUGUAUCUUGGACCUAUUCUCAAAUUUGGUACACAGAAGCAGAAAGAAAAAUUUAUUACCCCAUUCACUACAGGUCAGCGUGUGGGCUGCUUCGCUUUGAGUGAACCAGGAAAUGGAAGUGAUGCUGGUGCAGCAUCUACUACAGCUCGUAAACAAGACAAAGGAUAUAUUCUCAAUGGUACAAAGGCAUGGAUUACCAAUGGUUAUGAAUCUGAAGCCACAGUUGUUUUUGCAACAACAGAUAAAAGCAAGAAGCAUCGUGGAAUUAGUGCCUUCCUUGUUAGUAAACCAACGAAAGGUCUGGAGCUGGGAAAAAAGGAAGACAAACUAGGUAUAAGAGGCUCUUCAACAUGCAGUUUGAUAUUUGAAGACUGUUCUGUGCCAGAAGAAAAUGUUUUAGGAGAGCUUGGGAUGGGUUUCAAAAUUGCAAUGAUGACACUGGAUGCUGGUCGGAUUGGAAUUGCUUCACAGGCUCUUGGCAUUGCUCAGGCAUCACUUGACUGUGCAGUUGAUUAUGCAAGCAAACGUAUUGCAUUUGGCUCUCCUAUAUUGAAACUACAAGCUAUACAGGCAAAGAUAGCUGACAUGGCUCUGAAGGUAGAGUCAGCAAGACUUCUAACCUGGCGGGCAGCACAUUUAAAAGAUACAAAACAACCAUUUACGAAGGAAGCAGCAAUGGCAAAACUGGCUGCAUCAGAAGCUGCUACAUUCUGCUCUCAUCAGGCGAUACAGAUUCUUGGAGGAAUGGGCUAUGUGAGUGAUAUGCCAGCAGAGAGGCAUUAUCGAGAUGCACGCAUUACUGAGAUAUAUGAAGGAACGUCUGAAAUUCAAAGACUUGUGAUUGCUUCCAAUAUUGCAAAGGAAUAUGGACUGUAAGCAUGGGGCUUUGGUUUAACAUUAACGAUAAUUGGGUUGCUGAUGUCCUCUUAAUCUUGUAAACAAGAUUAAGAAAAAGUACAGAUGGAAUGUAGACGUAAUACACAGAGGCAGCUUGUGUGAACCUGUGGAGUUCUACCCGACGGGAGGCCCUAGCCACACGGCAUUUCAUUUUUCUCAUUGUUUGCACGAAAGGAAAGUGACAGCUGUUUUUCCUCUUAACAUUUGUUGUACUUUAUUAUUUGCUAAUUCAGCUGCAAAAUGUAUGUGGAUGUCCAUUUGUCAACAGUCACAUGUGUAAAGAAUUGUCACAGUUGCUCUCUAGGAAAAUUACCAUAAUUAUUCUGAGACUGCACUGCACACCCUUGUUAAGUAACUACUUCAUUGGUCUCAUGUCUCAAUAUUAAAUGAAAAUGUUCAUGCCUAGAGUGUUGUUUGGCUGCAGUAUUUGUGAGAAGUGACCUUUUUUUUUUUUUUACCCUUGAGUACUUUAUAUGCA